UUUUAAAUAUAUUUGAAAUAAUAAUAGUUGAUGCGUUCACCCAUGGAUUUAAGAGUCGCAAAUAAGUUUAGAAUUGGCAGAAAGAUUGGAGCAGGUUCCUUUGGAGAUAUCUAUCUCGGUACAAAUUUGAUUACUGGAGAAGAAGUUGCUAUUAAAUUAGAGUCAGUAAAGGCCAAACAUCCCCAAUUAGAAUAUGAAGCCAAAGUGUAUAAGGCUUUGGCAGGUGGUGUAGGUGUUCCCUUUGUGAGAUGGUUUGGUGCAGAGUGCGAUUAUUAUGCUAUGGUCAUUGACCUUUUAGGACCCUCUCUGGAAGACCUCUUUAACUUUUGUAAUAGAAAAUUCACUUUAAAGACUGUAUUAUUAUUAGCAGACCAAAUGUUGUCUCGUAUUGAAUAUGUCCACUCAAAGAACUUUAUUCACCGUGAUAUUAAACCUGACAACUUUUUAAUGGGUAUUGGAAAGAGAGGAAAUCAGGUCAAUGUGAUUGAUUUUGGCCUUGCUAAAAAGUACCGUGACCCACGUACACAUUUACAUAUUCCAUACAGAGAGAACAAGAAUCUGACUGGUACUGCUCGUUAUGCAAGCAUCAAUACACAUCUGGGCGUUGAGCAAUCAAGAAGGGACGAUUUAGAGUCACUGGGCUAUGUGCUCAUGUACUUUUGUAGAGGUUCUUUACCAUGGCAAGGAUUAAAAGCAACCACAAAGAAGCAAAAAUACGAUCGCAUCAUGGAAAAAAAAAUGACCACUCCCACUGAACUAUUGUGCCGUGGUUUCCCGAGUGAAUUUGCUAUCUACCUCAAUUACACCCGUUCUUUACGAUUUGAUGAUAAACCAGACUAUGCUUACCUUCGAAAGUUAUUCAGAGACCUAUUCGUUAGAGAAGGUUACACCUACGAUUAUAUUUUCGACUGGACCAUUUACAAAGUGAACGAACAGGAAGGAAAGGCACGUGAAGAGACAAAGCAGCAAUUGGAUGAGGUUAAUAAAGGUACAACGUUUGCUCGAGUAAAAGAACCACGUGAUCUUAAACUAGCCAAUGUCGUUGCCGCCGAAGGAAAACCUGAACCUCGUGAAGUGAAGGAAGAAGGCUUUUCUUCUUUCCGUCGUGCUACUCAGCCAAAGCCAUAACUUGUCUCACACACACACACAUACACACACACAC